GCUGAUCUCGUGCAUGCAUGCUGCUGUCUCCUCUCGUGGUCUAGAAGCUAGCUCGUUCUCACACUAGCUCUAGACAAGCUCGAGAGACAUGGCCCUGGACCAGGAAUUCAAAAAACAUGCUCUAGCUUUGGUCCUGGCCGAGACGGAAGUGGAUCAAAACUGUGAAGUGGAGUCCAUUAUUUCUUUAGCCAACACAAGCGGGAAGGAGUAUUUGGCAGAAAUGGCUUCAUAUCCGGGAUUGCUUGAGAUUGUCAUGUCUCUGUUUUCCUUCGCACUGUCGGAAAUCAGUCAGAGAAAUGCACUCAAUCUUUUCGUCCUGUUGGCCAUCAACGAUGAGAACAAAAUCACGAUGGCAUCGGUUCCAGGAACUAUUGAAUCUCUGCUUUCUCUUCUUCAUCAGUCGCGUCCGCAAUGCAUCCAAUGCCAUGCAUUGAAAUGCUUCAUUUUGCUCGCUGUGGCUGACGAAAACAAAGUCCCCAUUGCCUCCAUCUCAGGAGUCAUGUCUACGUUAACUGAUCUCUUACAGGUGACAUGUCCGGCUGAUAUUCAAUAUCUUGGGAUUCUUGCCAUCGGAGUGCUCUCUAUGAGCUCGGAUAAUUCCGAACGCUUUCUGUACCUUCCUGGCCUCGUGUUUGGGUUGGAAUAUACAAAAAAGAAUGGGAAACGAUCUCAGAUUCGCCAGUUGGCAGUGGCAGCGGCAGACUUCAUCUUUUACAUGCACCGAGGAGAGGUGGAUCAGUCCAGUGUACUGUGUGUCCAACAUGCGCUGGAAAAACUUCGACGUUCGACUUACUGAGUGGAAUCGAUAUUCAUGUAAGGGAUCAGAAGUCCAAUUUUCUAGAACAGGGAGCUAGCUCCCUGUUCUUGAUCGAACUAAACUCUUGAUCGAAGAGAUCUCCUAUAUCGAUGAUAAUUCGAUAAAUUAAAGGAUCUAAGUCACAUAGUGCUCCCAAAGUACACCACAGCAAGAUGCGGGCCCUCCAUUGAAGGGCCCGCCUCUCCUCGCCCUCCAUUGAAGGGCAUCAUGUUUAGUGAAACGAUGAAUGAUGGUGUGAUUGAUUGCUCUUCUGAUUAGACAAAAGCUUGAUUUCUAAGAUUUUAGCUGUCCAUAUCUAUCCAUACACAUAAUUUUCUCAAUUAUAUCUCGAUUCGAUUUUCAACAUCGAAUCGAUUUUCCUAGUUUAGAGUUAUAAGACAUUUUGUACAACUUUUGAUGGAAGAGUGUACAAGGUGGACUUUGAUUUGUAAGCUUGACGCUUUGGGAAGUUCACUUGAAAAUGCAUGUGAUCAGUGACGGGCAUGAGCAAUCCCAAGCAAUGAUUGAUAUCGGAGGACUUGGCUACACUCUAUAACAAUAGUGCGAUAUCACUGGAAAGCCUCUUAGCACAAGAUUAUCCAUCAUUGUUCCGAUGGUGACCGCGACGACUCGGA